AUGGUACCUGCACUACAGGCGCGCAUACCGACCAACUUGACCAGCGCAUUACGUUCUAACCUUUUGGAUCUAUGUAAUUCCCCAUUCUCCCUGUUUCCAUCAACCCGCCCAAUUCUCCCUCUUUCCAUCACCCCGCCCCAUUCUCCCUCUUUCCAUCAUCCAGCCCCAUUCUCCCUCUUUCCAUCACCCCGCCCCAUUCUCCCUCUUUCCAUCACCCACCCCAUUCUCCCGCUUUCCAUCACCCCGCCCCAUUCUCCCUCUUUCCAUCACCCUGCCCCAUUCUCCCUCUUUCCAUCACCCCGCCCCAUUCUCCCGCUUUCCAUCACCCCGCCCAAUUCCCCCGUUUUUUAUCACCCAGCCUCAUUCUCCCUCUUUCCAUCACCCAGCCCCAUCCUCCCUCUUUCCACCCCGCCCCAUUCUCCCGCUUUCCAUCUCCCCGCCCCAUUCUCCCUCAUUCCAUCACCUCGCCCCAUUCUCCUGCUUUCCAUCACUCCGCCCCGUCCCUCUUUCCAUCACCCCGCCCCAUCCAUCACCCCGCACCAUUCUCCCUCUUGCCAUCACCCCGCCCCAUUCUCCCUCUUUCCAUCACCCCGCCCCAUUCUCCCUCUUUCCAUCACCCCGCCCCAUUCUCCCGCUUUCCAUCACCCCGCCCCAUUUUCCCGCUUUCCAUCACCCCACCCCAUUCUCUUGCUUUCCAUCACCCGCCCCAUUCUCUCGCUUUCCAUCACCCGGUCCCAUUCUCCCUCUUUCCAUCACUCCGCCCUAUUCUCCCUCUUUCCAUCACCCAGCCCAUUUCUCACUCUUUCCAUCACCCCGCCCCGUUCCCCCGCUUUCCAUCACCCCGCCGCGAUCUCCCGCUUUCCAUCACCCCGCCCCAUUCUCCCUCUUUACAUCACCCCGCCCCAUUCUCCCUCUUUCCAUCACCCAGCCCCAUUCUCCCGCUUUCCAUCACACCGCCCCAUUCUCCGUCUUUCCAUAACCCCGCCCCAAUCUCCCACUUUCCAUCACCCCGCUCCAUUCUCCCUCUUUCCAUCACCCCGCCCCAUUCUCCCGCUUUCCAUCACCCCGCCCCAUUCUCCCUCUUUCCAUCACCCCGCCCCAUUCUCCCGCUUUCCAUCACCCUGCCCCAUUCUCCCGCUUUCCAUCACCCCGCCUCAUUGUCCCUCUUUCCAUCGCCCCGCCCCAUUCUCCCGCUUUCCAUCACCCCGCCCCAUUCUCCCUCUUUCCAUCACACCGCCCCAUUCUCCUGCUUUCCAUCACCCCGCCCCGUUCUCCCGCUUUCCAUCACCCCGCCCCAUUCUCUCGCUUUCCAUCACCCCGCCCCAUUCGCCCACUUUCCAUCACCCAGCCCCAUUCUCCAUUCGGGCGCAAGCGAAUCGGGCGCAAGCGAGUCGGGCGUAA